ACGACAUAAAGUGUCAGCUGUACUAUUUUUUAUUUCUUUGUGUUUAUUACGCCUGUAAAAAUGUUAUGAUCAUUACGUGCAUACGAAUAUGGGUGCGAAAGACUCGAAACUUAGUUUUAUAUCUUAUGAAGAUGCUGAGAAACGGGUGUCUGAUAGUGAGGUGAGACGUAUUCGGGAGGCGUUCAAGAGAUGUGCUACGCCAGGCGGCACGACCUUGAGUCUUGAUGCAUUCGUUCAUGAAGUGUUGUGCGACGGAGUGCCUUACGAAGUCGCUGAGUGGCUGUACCAGGCCUGCGGGGGCACCAAAAGGGGCAUUGGCUUCAGGGAUCUAUUGCGCGGAAUCGUAGUACUCACGAAAGGAAACUUGGAGGAGAAAAUUAAGUUUCUUUGGACGUUGUACGUAAACAAUCAGAGUGAUAAUGGCACUUUUAUUUACAAGAAGGAUUUUGCCAAGGCUCUCCAUCUGGAGAAUACAUCAUUACCAGUCACAGAGGCCACAAGGAGCACAGAAAUAUUGCUAAGUUUGUUUGGUGCUGGGGAGAAGGUUACCUUCGAGCAGUUCCGGUCAUGGUUACUCAUCCACAAGGAUGCAACAGUGCUGUCCAAGUGGUUGCUGACCGACAGGAAGAAUGUGGCCCAGGAGUUAGAGACACCUACAUUUUACCAAAGCUUGGCUGGUGUAACACAUUUGGAAGAAAGGGACAUAAUAGAAUUAGAGAAAUGCUUUUGGGCGCUCCGCAACUCGGCUGCCACCGGUCAGCUAGACGCGGAGAGCCUGACGCCGCUGGUGUCGCCGCCGCUCCCCCGGGCCGCCGUCACGGGCACGUUCCUCGCGCUCGACGAGAACAGAGACGGACACGUGGACUUCAAGGAGCUGUGCUGCGGACUCAGCGCCGCCUGCAGGGGGCCCCGCACGGAGAGACUCAAAUUUUGCUUCAAAAUUUUCGACCUGGAUCGGGAUGGGGUGUUAAACAAGAAGGAACUGAUAGACAUGGUGGGUAUACUGUGCACGGUCGCCAACGAGUCACUGAAGAACCAGAGCUCGAGGGCGUCCACGCCGUCCGACGGGAACGACUCGGACACCGAGAAGGGGUUCGACCCUGAGGUCAUACUGGUCAAUCUACGGGAGAAGCUCGUAACCAUCCCCAAGGAUGGACUGAAGCCAGUGUUCCAACUGGGACCUACUUCAGAAGGAGAGGAGAUCGUUGUUACGAAAGAGGAAGACACGAAGGACGAGGGCCUGAUAGCCAACGACAUGGCACUGGCUCUACAGGACUUCCUGAUCUGGAGCGUGGAGAGCGUGGAGGCGCUGGUCACACCGUUCCUCGAAUUGCUGUUCGAGGUGUGCCACAUUGUGUUGGGUCUCCGGCCGCAGUGCAAACACCAGGAGAGGGAUAUCGUGCUGGGCUGGCUGCGGCGGGAGGUGCACCGCGGAUACUCUGUGGGCCAGUUCUGGUACCUGGUGAGCGCGGAGUGGUGGAACAACUGGCUCGCCUACACCGCCGCCGGCAACACCGACCACUGCUGCCGCGGACAGCCGCGCCCUCUAGACGAGGCCAUCGUCUGCGACGAGAGCUUCACCAGCAACUCCACCGAAUCGAUGGGAUCGCUGUGGCCGGAGACGGCGUCGGUGGGCAGCGGCGGCAGCAGCAGCGGCGUGUCCAGCGCCCCCGCCCCGCGCCACCACCCGCACCCCGGGCCCGUCGACAACAGGCGCCUGCUCGCGCCGGACCUGCUCAAGGUGCGCACGCUGACGGGCGAGGGAGGCCAGCUGCGGCGGGACGUGCCGCUGGUGCAGGGCAUCGACCUGCAGCUGCUGCCCGACGCGCUGUGGCGGGCCGUCGCGCUCUGGUACGGCGCGCCGCACCCGCUGCCCAGGCAGGUAAUAAGGCCACCGAAUUGUGACGUGGAAUUAGAAUUGUACCCGCUACAACUGAAAAUCUUCCAACACGUUACUGACACGCAAAGGACGAGCCCUAUGAGCGCGCUGGGCGGGGCGGGGGUGUCCGUGUACAGCAGCGUGCCGCUCGCGCCGGCCUCCGCGCCGUCGCCGCCCGAGCGACACCUCGCCUACACGGCCUCGUUCUCACGCCUCGCCACAGUCAAACAGGUGUGGUCGUUCCUGAGCUGCGCGCUGGGCCUGCCGCGCGAGGACGUGCGGCUGUGGGCCCUCGGCGGCGGCGGCGCCGUGCUGCUCGACGACGAGCGCCCCGCGCUGCACCAGCUGCGGCUCCCUCCCGCCCCCGCGCUGCUGCUCGAGCGGCGCAACCCGGACCUCACCUGGCCCGAGGAGAUCGGCGCGCUCGGGGCGGCGGCGGGCUGGGAGCGGCAGGAGCGGCGCGACACGCUGUCGGCCGCCCCCCCCGCGGCCGCCGCCGGCCUCCACAACCUCGGCAACACCUGCUUCAUGAACGCCGCCAUGCAAGCGGUAUGGAAUACGACUGCGUUACGUGAGUACUUCAAUUCUGGAUUGCAUUUGUACGAGGUGAACAGAACGAAUCCGCUCGGGACAAAAGGGAUGCUGGCUUGCCGAUAUGGGGAGCUGUGUCAAGAGGUGUGGUCGGGCCGCGCUCGCUCGGUGGCGCCGCUGCGCGUGCGGUGGUGCGUGUCGCGUCACGCGCGCGCGCUGGGCGGCGGCGGGCAGCACGACGCGCAGGAGCUGCUGGCGUGGCUGCUGGACGCGCUGCACGAGGACCUCAACCGCGCCGCCCUGCACCCGCCCGCGCCCCUCCACCCGCCGCCCUCCAGGGACUCCGACGGACGACCCGACCAGGAGGUGGCAGCGGAGGCGUGGGCGAGCUACACGGCACGCAACCGGUCCAUCAUGACGGAGCUGUUCUACGGACAGCUCAAGUCGAAGGUGCGGUGCGACACGUGCGGCCACGAGUCGGUGCGCUUCGACACGUUCAACAUGCUGAGCCUGCCGCUGCCCAUGGAAUCCACGCUGCGCUGCGACGUGCGCGUGAUGCGGCUGGACGGAUCUGUGCCGGUGAAGUACGGCGUCCGUAUUAGCACCGAGGGCACGUACCUGGAUCUCAAGAAUAAGCUGUCUGAACUGUGCUCGCUUCCCGCAGACUGCAUGCUGGUAGCUGAAGUGUCGGGAGCCACCAUCGGGCGCGUGUGCGAGGACGCCGCCAAGGUGAGCCCCACCACCGCCACGCAGCUCUACGCCUACGAGCUCCCCCCGCACCGGACCGGGGCCGGGCCCGGGGCCGGGGACGACAGCGACGACGACCACUGCGACUGCUGCGGCGACUGCGACGGCGACGACGACCCCACGCACAACGAGUGUUGGUGGGAGGGCAGCCCGCGCGCGGAGGUGAGUGUGGGAGGCGGCGGCCCGUCCUCACUGUGCAUGCCCGCACUCUUCUGCUUCAAGCGGUCGAGGUCGGAAAUUGUCAUGUCGCAGAGUCCGCCCAACAGCUUCUACGGCAACAAACUGCCGCCCUACAGCGACCACCCCGCCCGCCCGGACCGCCCCGCCCACCGCAGCAACACGCUGCCCAAGGACCUCAAGAGGGCCAACACCAGUUCACCGACGUUGUCCGUCAAGUCCCUCAACGUGAAGCCGACCACGCCCAAGAUGGGGAAGGUCAAGUUCACCUCGUCCCCCUCUAACAUGUUCCGGAUGAACGGGAUAGAGAACCCGCUGCAGAAUGGCUCGCUGAAGUACAUCAUUGCAGUUCAUAGGAAGGAGAGUCGCGCGGAGGCGUACUUCGUGCGGUGGAAAGCGACGCUGUUCGGGGUGCCGCUCGUACUGCCGCUGCGGCGGCGCGUCUCCGGCCGCGACCUCUACGCCGCCGUCUGGACGCAGGUUGCGCGACUACUGAGCGCGAAACCGCCUUCUCAUGACCUCUCUAAUCACGCCACCGAUUGCGACGACAGCCUGGGAUACGAGUUCCCGUUCCGGCUGCGGCUGGUGGCGGGCGGCGCCGGGGGCGGAGCGUGGUGCGCCGUGUGCCCCUGGCCCGCGCUGUGUCGCGGCUGCGUGCUGCCGCCCACGCGGCGCCGCCUGCUGCGGACAGGUUGUUCAAACCGCUGCCGCAAGCGAUCACAAGAAGGCGCUGAAACAGACGCUGACGAGGCCACGGAGCAGCAUGAGGGACGGCGACCGGCCAGCAGACUGUCCUCAUAUACGGAUGGCGCGGGCGAGAUCACGAGCGUGGACCCGUCCGUGCUGCGGCGGCCCGUGAUGCUGGCCGUCGACUGGGACCCCACCGCGCUCCAUCUGCAGUACCAGUCCACCAGGGAGAAGGCGUGGCGCGAGGACGCGAGCGCGGCGGAGAGCGCGCGGCCCGUGGACCUGGCCAGCUGUCUGCGGGCCUUCACCUCCUCCGAGCGCCUGGACGAGCGCUACUGCUGCCAGCGCUGCAGCAGCGCGCAGCCCGCCACCAAGAAGCUGCAGAUCUGGCGCGCGCCGCCCGUGCUGAUAAUCCACCUGAAACGCUUCCAAUACGUGAACAACAAGUGGAUCAAGUCGCAGAAGGUGGUGAACUUCCCAUUCGAGGACUUCGACCCCACGGAGUACCUGGCGUCCGUGCCGCAGGAGACGCUGCUGCGGCACAGGGAGCUCAGCGAGCCGCGACUGGUCUCGGCCUUCGGAGACAUCGACGAGGCCGCCUCGGGCUCCGAUACCGACCCGGAGCCCGACGGGCCCGCAGCCGCCGCCAAGGAGGCGCCGAAAGUGAAAACGAAGGUGGACCGCAAGAACCGGCGCGAGUCACUGGAGAUACGGCGCCGGGAGCGGCUGCAGUCCACCAGCCUGGCCACCACGCCCGUCACAGACGACAACCUGGUGGACUACCACCACCACCACCUCGAGGAGGACCAGGAUCCCUUCGACCUCAAGUACACGCUCUACGCCGUCGUGUCGCACAGCGGGCAGCUGAGCGGCGGGCACUACGUGUCGUACGCGCGCGCGGCGGCCGGCGGCUGGGUGUGUCACAACGACAGCUCCGUGCGGCCCGCGCCCGCCGCGCUCGACCCCGCCGCCGCCUACCUGCUGUUCUACGAGCGGCGCGGGCUGCGCGCGCGCGGCUACCUGCCGCGCGUCGCCGGCCCGCCGCCCGCGCCCGCCGCGCCCGCCGACCCGGCGCGGGCUGCGCGCGCGCGGCUACCUGCCGCGCGUCGCCGGCCCGCCGCCCGCGCCCGCCGCGCCCGCCGACCGCGCCUGCCGCGUCGCGUGAGGACCGGGCCGGACCGGGCCGCGCCCGCCGCGCUCGACCCCGCCGCCGCCUACCUGCUGUUCUACGAGCGGCGCGGGCUGCGCGCGCGCGGCUACCUGCCGCGCGUCGCCGGCCCGCCGCCCGCCGUCGCCCGCCGCCCGCCGCGCCCGCCGACCGCGCCUGCCGCGUCGCGAGGACCCGGACCCCGCCGCCCGCGCCCGCCGCGCCCGCCGACCGCGCCUGCCGCGUCGCCUGAGCACCGGGCCGGACCGGGCCGGACCGGCCGCAGGACCGAGCCGGACCGUCGCCACCCGCGCGCCCGCCGCGCCUGCCGCAUCGUGUGA